UUUAGAUGCGUGUAAUAUGUAAAGAGAAAAUGAAGAAUAUGUCUUAUUAUUUUGCAUUCGUGCUUGACUUGGUUUGACAAUAGUGCCGAGACACAUCGUUGGGUCUGUUCCUCUCAGCUAGAGCCGUUGGCGUGUUGGCAGUUGCCAAUUGGCGAUAUGAGAAGUUGCAGUUUCGUGACUAUGUAUUCACCGAAUUAUUAUGUCAUUACAUUUUCUAUAAAUAAAUGCAUAGAAUUCCCAUUAUGACUUUCGAACAUUUUUACUCAAAUAUCAUAUAUGUCCGUAUUUCUGGACAUAUCUGAUAAAAAAAAGUAAAUAAUCAGAUGGAUGCAUCUGGUAUCGUUGGAGGUGUAGGCUGGCCGCGGGCGGGAAAUUCAGUCCAGGAAUGAAUUUGAAAUCUACGGACCUACUUCGCACUCUUCAGCUCAUCCUUAGUUUUAAUGAGAUGUCUCGAGAUGACAGCACCAUUCGUCGCACCGUUUCCAGAUUUGCAAGCCAAGCUCGCAACAUUAUAAUGAAUGUUCAUCGUUACUUCAGCUCACAGUGGGGAGCAGACUCAAGAAAUGAAGUAUUUGAGAAGACCACCAAAGCUACAGGAGUGCCAACCAACACAGUGAAAAAAAUCAAGCGACACUCAUCUGAGUGUGGUAACGUCCCCUUCGCUUCACCUGUAUAUCCCAGGAAGAGGAUCCGAGUGAAGGACAAGGUGGAUAGUUUUGAAAAUGAGUGUAUUCGGAAGGAGAUUUUGUCUUUUUACGAGAGAGGAGAGCUCCCAACGUUAGAUGCCCUACUGGAAAAAGUGAAGGAAGACCCGGUAAAGUUUAAUGGUGGAAGAACAACGUUAUGGAAAAUUGUGAGAAGGCUUGGAUUCCGGUACAAAAAAGUGACGAGUGGAAGAGCAAUUUUAAUGGAACGUGAUGAUAUAGUGGCAGCGAGAACUGAAUACCUACGUUUAAUUGAAAAGAAUAGGAAUUGUAGUCCAACUGAACGUAAACCUGAAGUAUUCCUGGAUGAAACUUGGAUAAACCAAAAUGAAUGUGUACGUCAGUGUUGGACAACGGGUGAAGGCGAAAUAGGACCCAAACUUAAGACUGGAAAGGGGUCAAGAUUUAUUGUGGUGCACGCGGGGAGUGAGAAGGGGUUUGUCAAAGAUGCGCUAUUGUUGUUUAGGUCAAAAAAUGGUGCCAAAGGGGACUACCAUGAUUCCAUUGACCAUGAAAGGUUUUUAAAGUGGUUUAAGGAACAACUAUUGCCUAAUAUAGAAGACAGAUCUCUAAUCAUAAUGGACAAUGGUCCCUACCAUAGCAAAAUAGAAAAUAAAGUGCCAACAACCAGCAACAGAAAAAGUGAAGUCAUACAGUGGCUUUCUUCUAAUAACGUCACCUACGACCCAUCAGCAACAAAGCCAAAAUUGCUGCAGAUUGCCAAGUGUCACAAAGAAAAACAGAGGUAUGUGAUUAUAGUAUUCUCAUACUGAGGACGUACUAGCUCUGAAGCAUUGUUAAUACAAACAAGUGCAGCUUAACAACUUAAAAGGAUUAACAACUUUAAGAAUAACAAGCACUUCUGCUAAAUAAGAAAUUCUAAACAUAUAUAUAUUACAGUGAUAGAUGAGAUAGCCCGUACAAAUGGUCAUGAUGUGCUCAGACUGCCACCAUAUUAUUGUCAGUUUAACCCCAUAGAACUUAUAUGGGCUCAAAUAAAGGGGGAUAUCAGAAAAAAUAACUCUAAUGCAAAUCAAUCUUUGAAAACUGUUGAGCAGCUUACGAGACUGGCGAUAGACAAAGUUACAACAGAAGACUGGAAGAAAUGUUUUCACCACGUUAAGAAAUUAGAAGAUGAUUAUAGGAGGAAAGAUGUUGCUAGAGAGCAUAUGUUUGGAAGUUUUGUUAUUGACAUUGGAGAUGACGAAACUGACAGUGAUGAUAUUGAUAGUAGGGAGGAUGACAGUGAUGAUAUAUAUCAAUGAUUUUCCUUUUUUUUUUUUUAAGUUGAAGACCUAACAGUGUUUCUAUAGUUUUCCAAUUUUUAGAUAGGCAAUUUCAUAACUACAGUAUAUCCAUAUGAGUCCUUUUUUUAAAUAUUUAAUGGCAUAACAAUGUACAUAUCUGUUUAUAAAUUCUUUUUACUUGGUUUUAAUAGAAAAGGGGAUAUCAAUGUAUCUAUAAUUUCCCAUUGUUUUUGUUCCAAUUGGUAAUGACAUGACUAUGUAUAUAUGUAUGAUUUUCCUUUAUUUAUUUUUUAAA